AUGAUUCCUCUGAAAAGAGUAGAUGGUGCAUCGAAAGAGCAGAUGGAGCCACGUUCUGAACCCGCAGCAGAAGCUGUUGAAACUUCAGGUGAUGUACAAACUCAACCUCUUCCCAGCAGUCAAGACCGAAAAUCUGCAACGACAUCCGACACUAGUACCUCUGGGUCACACUUUACGCGGUUCAUCCCGCAGUCUUCUAUGACACAAUUCGCCGAGAUCGUUAAACCGAUAUCACCUCACAAAAGCCGGCUUAUUGACAUCCAGCUAUUAAAAAUGAUUUGUAAGGAAUUCCAUCCUUUUUCAAUUGUUGAGGAUGAGGAAUUCAAGAAGUUUAUACAUCUUCUUAAUCCGUCCUACACACUUCCAAGCAGAAAAACUUUGUCUACUGGGCUUAUGCUUGCUACUUACAAUGAGUUGGUAGCAAAAGUAAAAUCAGAGGUGCUGGAAGCUCCGGCUGUCUGUAUAACUUGUGACGGUUGGACCAGCAUGACCAACACUGGUUUUUAUGCACUCACUGCACAUUUUAUUGAUAAAAAUGGUACGUUAAAAUCAUACCUGCUGGAGUGCUCAGAGUUCACGCCAAGGCAUACCGGUGAGAAUAUUGCGAAGUGGGUGAGUGAUGUGCUUCCAAAUAUAUUGAACAUGAGACAGCUGGGCUGCUUUGCACAUUCCUUGAGCUUAGUUGUGCAGAACGCGAUUAAAAACUCCAUACAACAAGUUGUCGAUAAGUGCAAGACUAUCGCUCAAUUUUUCAAAAAAAGUAGCCAUGCUACCUCAAAACUGACCGAAAUGCAGGAAAAGCUUGGUAAACCGACUCUAAAACUAAAGCAGGAUGUUCCAACGAGGUGGAACUCCACAUUUGAUAUGUUAGAGCGAAUGAUGGUGAAUAAAGAGUCUGUAAUUUCAACAUUGGCCUUACUGGAUCCGAAACGCUGUACGCUGGAUAAUGAAGACUGGGAAAUCAUCGAGCCAAGCAUGGACAUUCUUCGUACUUUCAAUGAAGUAACUGUUGAAAUAUCUGCUGAAAAAUCCGCCACCUUGUCCAAAAGUGCAGUACUUGCACGAAUGAUGAUUGAUCAAACUAAACUGAAACAGCAAUCAUCCGAUUCGCUUCCACCAAUUGUCAAAAAGCUGGUUGAUGAGUGA